AUGUCGGCGUCCACGCUGCUGUGUGAGCUGGAAAUGGAGUUUGAGGCCCUGCAGGGUUGGGGGGGGGGUGCGCAGAGAGGGAGGGGAACAAAGCCCCAGAGCCCCUUCUCCCAGAAUCCUGCCCCUGCGUGCUCCCCACCCACCACCACCACUAACCCAGUGCUAGCGAAGGGCACAGGGCACGGAUCUGGGAGGGAGGCCGCACUCCAGACGGGGCGACCUCCCCUCUGCGGCCGCCAGACCGAACGCGGCAUGAGGUGUCUUCUGGACGCCGGCCCCAGCCACAGCCCUGCCUGGAAGAGGCUGCUUCUAACAGGUAUCCUGAUCGCAUCCUGCACCUGCUCUGUCUCCUUGGAGCCGCCCUCCUCUGCGUCUCCAGAGCCCUUGACCGCAGGAGCCUGUGCCCCCCUGCCCGUCCCCGGAAGCCUCAAUGGCGCUCCCUCCACUUCUUGGUUCCGAGAGCACAAGACCCGGCCGGAAACCACGCUCUUCCCCCGCGAGGGCCUCCCGGGGCCCGGCCACACCAGCGGCCAGGAGACGCGGGACACCCAAGGCGACCCGAUCAUCAGACACGUGACAGCUGAGGACACAGUGCUGGAAGCCGGCAGAGGACGCAGGCGUGCGACAGAGCAGCUUCUAGGCAAAGCCAGCUCCAGCGGGGUGAUGCUGUUGACCUUCCCCAGUGCCGUCCAGGGCGUUAUCCAGAGUGACCUCAACUACUCAGUGAUCCUGGAGUGUUUGGCCUCUUACAUCACCCCCACACCCGUGCUGCACUGGACCCUCGACGGGGAGCCCUACGACACCGGGAAUAUGCUGAUCAUCCGGAGGUUGUCCUGGGGGCAUCUGGGCACCUAUGUGUGCACAGCCAAGAACAGCCAGGGAGAGUAUCCCUCCAAUCCUGUGACGAUCUCACGGCCACAAGACAACGUGGAACCCACAGACGCUGAGCCCAUCGAGCCAGACCCCGUUCUGUCCGUGUCAGGGGGAGCUGCCGUCGCCCUCCUGGUGGCUGCAAAUGUGGGGGCGAUGAUGCUGAUAGGAGGUGUGGGCUUCGCCAUCGUCCAGAGCCUAAGUACAGCCUCUGUAGCUUGUGCGCUGCGAGCUGACGUGGUUUGCAAAGGCCUUGUGGAUCAGCUGGGAGAGGCUGGGGCCAGGUCUCCAGUCGGCGAGUCCCAGGCAGGGGUGGGGGAGGGCCAGGCUGCUCCCUGA